GGUCGUAGGUUUCUGGGGCGUGGUUGAUGAUCAACCUUGGAGUCGUCGUCGGGAUUUGGGCUGGGCUGUUGGUGUUGCUCUUUGGGCGAGUGGUGCAGCUUUCUUUAGCCCUAUUGAUGUCAUCGUAG